AUGUCGUCGGCCAAGAACACCGCACACAAGAAACAUGUCGACGCCCACGGCCAAACACAGCUUGCGAAGGCAUGUUCCAACGGAAAUUACGAUCUCGUCAGGAGGCGCCUGCUCGAGCGUCCUCAAGACCUGAACCUCCCGGAUUAUGCAGGGAACACUCCGCUCCAGAUAGCAGCCAUCAAUGGACACGACGAGAUUGUCCAGCUUUUGGUGGAUGCGGGCUGCGAUAUCGAUUGUGUGAACCACGACAAGGACACUCCUCUUCUUGACGCUGUUGACAACGGACAUCUGGACGUCAUCAAGGUUCUCCUAGAGGCUGGGGUGAAUCCACGGAAAGCGAACGUCAACGGGCAGGAACCACUGGAC